AUGAGCGAUCUGUGCGCUGGUGAAUCUGAUCAGCAUGACACACGUGAAAGCGUUGAACAAUACCUCAAGCGGAGUGGGCUAGCCAACGCAGUGGACACAGCUGGUGGUGGAGGUGGUGGUGGCAUGCCUGGAGGUGGGGCCAUAAAGCUUGGCAUUGCCAAACCGGGUGGUGGUGGCAUUCCAGGUGGGAACAUAGACGGUGGCAAAGGUGGUGGGGGUGCAUUCGACAUCAUCAGCAAACCCGGUGGUGGUGGUGGUGGAGGGGGAUUGGCAUUGCCCGGGUGGUGGUGGCAUUCCAAGUCUGCAGGCAUCAAACCCAAAGAACCAGGGGGUGGAGGUGGAGCAGCGGGAACUUUAGGAGGCAACUGCAUACCUCGUUCCUCAGCCAGCAUACGAGCACCAACUUCGUCGGGUGUAGUGGGCACUGGAAAAUUCCCCGCCUCAUUUGCAGUGGACACAGCUGGUGGUGGAGGUGGUGGUGGCAUGCCUGGAGGUGGGGCCAUAAAGCUUGGCAUUGCCAAACCGGGUGGUGGUGGCAUUCCAGGUGGGAACAUAGACGGUGGCAAAGGUGGUGGGGGUGCAUUCGACAUCAUCAGCAAACCCGGUGGUGGUGGUGGUGGAGGGGGAGGGGGAGGAUUGGUCUUUACAAUAUUGCUGACUGGUUGCGGAGGUUGA